UGUGAAGAAGCUGAGCAGCGUCUCCCUGGCCUGGGCGUGGAGUGAGCUGGUCCCCUCAUCACCAGCACCAUAGACCAGGGGAUGAGGUGCUCCUGGGCGGACCAGAGGAUGUCCACUGUGCUGAGCCUGGACUACGACACGUGCGUCAACUCUGCCUGGCUGGACGAGGAGCGCACGCAGGGCUACAUGUUUGUGGUGAAGAAGGACGCGACGCGCUGGCUGGUGGUGCUGCUCAUGGUUCUUGUUGUGUGUGGGAUUGACAUUGCCAUCAAGUCACUCUCCAAAUGCAAAUACUCCUGGCUCCAGAUGUACAGUGACUGGGGGGUGCAGCAGGAGGCGCUAACUCUCCCCUACCCGCUGUUUGUCGCGCUGAACAUUGGCCCGGCGCUUGUGGCUGCCUUCCUCGGCUCUUAUGUGGAGCCCGUGGCUGCCGGCAGGUCAAGUGUUACCUGAAUGGCGCCAAGGUGUCCCGUGUGGUGAGGAUCAAGACCCUGAUGAGCAAGGCCGUGGGGGUGACCUUCCCUGUGCUGGGAGGCCGGGCCGUGGGG